CGGGCAGCGCAGCGGCGGCGGCGGCGGCGCAGCGAGGCCGGCGGGGCGGCCGGAGGAUGCGGGCGGGGCGGGCGCGCUGCCGUUCCCGGGUCGGGCAGCUAGAGAGCAGUGCAGGGAGCGCCAGCCCGAGCCGCGAGCUCCCUUCCUGUGGGCAAGGCCGACAGCGGAGCCGAGCGCCGGCCGAGGCCCGGGCCGGCCGCCCCCGCUCCGCUCGCCCAUGGCGGAGACCAAGAUCAUCUACCACAUCGACGAGGAGGAGACGCCGUACCUGGUGAAGCUGCCCGUGCCGCCGGAGAAAGUCACGCUGGCCGAUUUCAAAAAUGUCCUCAGCAACCGGCCCGUGCACAGCUACAAGUUCUUCUUCAAGUCCAUGGACCAGGAUUUCGGGGUGGUGAAGGAAGAGAUCUCAGAUGACAAUGCAAAGCUCCCUUGCUUCAAUGGAAGAGUGGUGUCCUGGCUGGUCCUGGCUGAAAGCUCCCAUUCUGACACGGGCUCCCAGUGCACUGAGAGCCACACGGACCUUCCACCACCCCUGGAGAGGACAGGAGGCAUCGGAGACUCCCGGCCCCCAUCAUUCCACCCCAACGCUGCCAGCAGCAGGGAUGGCCUGGACAACGAGACAGGAACAGAGUCUGUGAUGAGCCACCGGCGCGAGCGGCACCGGCGGAGGAACCGCGAAGGCCAUGAGGAUGUCCCCAGGAUCAAUGGGCACCCCAAGCUGGACAGGCACCGUGAGCAACCCCCUGGCUACGACAGCUCCUCCACCAUGAUGAGCAGUGAGCUAGAGUCCAGCAGCUUCAUCGACUCUGAGGACGAUGACAACACCAGCAGGUUGAGCAGCUCCACGGAGCAGAGCACCUCAUCCCGGCUCAUCCGGAAGCACAAACGCCGGAGGAGGAAACAGAGGAUGCGGCAGAUUGACAGGUCAUCUUCGUUCAGCAGCAUCACUGACUCCACCAUGUCCUUAAAUAUCAUCACUGUCACACUCAACAUGGAAAAGUACAACUUCCUGGGAAUCAGCAUUGUGGGACAGAGCAAUGACCGGGGUGAUGGUGGCAUCUACAUCGGCUCCAUCAUGAAAGGAGGGGCAGUGGCAGCGGACGGGCGCAUUGAGCCAGGGGACAUGCUGCUGCAGGUGAAUGAUGUCAAUUUUGAGAACAUGAGCAAUGAUGAUGCCGUUCGGGUUUUACGGGAAAUAGUCUCCAAACCAGGACCGAUCAGCCUAACAGUAGCCAAAUGCUGGGACCCUACUCCCAGGAGUUAUUUCACCAUCCCCAGGGCUGAGCCGGUGCGGCCGAUCGACCCCGCGGCGUGGAUCUCUCAUACCACAGCCAUGACGGGAGCGUACCCCCGUUACGGUAUGAGCCCCUCCAUGAGCAUCACCACAUCUACCAGCUCCUCACUAACAAGCUCAAUUCCCGAGUCGGAAAAAUUAGAAGAAUCUCCCUUAACUGUGAAGAGUGACAUGGCUACUAUUGUCAAGGUCAUGCAGCUGCCAGACUCAGGCCUUGAAAUUCGGGACAGGAUGUGGUUAAAAAUCACCAUCUCCAAUGCAGUAAUAGGAGCAGAUGUGGUGGACUGGCUUUACACACAUGUGGAAGGCUUCAAGGACCGCCGGGAGGCCAGGAAAUACGCCAGCAGCAUGUUGAAACACGGCUACCUCAGGCACACUGUGAACAAAAUCACCUUCUCAGAGCAGUGCUACUAUGUCUUCGGAGACCUCUGUGGCAAUCUGGCUGCACUGAACCUCAACAACGGUUCCAGCGGUGCCUCAGAUCAGGACACCCUGGCUCCACUCCCACAUCCUGCUGCUCCCUGGCCCUUGGGCCAAGGAUAUCCCUACCAGUAUCCUCUGCCCCCUCCUUGUUUCCCACCAGCCUACCAAGACCCAGGCUUUAGCUAUGGCAGUGGCAGUGCAGGCAGCCAGCAGAGUGAAGGGAGCAAAAGCAGCGGCUCGAACCGGAGCACCAGCGAGACCAGCAGGAGAGGAGCGGGCAGGGAGAAGGAGCGCAAGUCGGGGGGCAGCGGCAGCGAGUCGGAGCCCGGAGCGCGCCGGGAGCGGCCGCUGAGCCAGCUCAGCCAGCGCAGCCACGGCUCUGCCAGCGACAGGAGCCACCAGAGCCACCACUCGUAUGGGCCCCCGGGGGUGCCCCCCUUGUACAGCCUGCCCAAGCUGGGCUCCAAGGUGCUGGGCAGCAGCGGCCCGCCCGGAGGGCCCCCGGUGCGCGAGCUGAGCGCCGUGCCGCCCGAGCUCACCGGGAGCCGCCAGUCCUUCCAGAAGGCCAUGGGCAACCCUUGCGAGUUCUUUGUGGACAUCAUGUGAGAGGAAGUGCCUUCAAAAGACUCUGCACACGAGGGUGGGAUUUUUUUU